AUGAGUAACAAGAAAUCUAAGAUUCAAUACCCGUUUUGGUAUGGUGGUGCUGCCAGUAUGGCUGCUUGUUUAGUGACACAUCCUUUAGAUCUUGCGAAAGUACGAUUACAAACAGCUUCAAAACCAGGUCAAUCAUUAAUUGGUAUGUUAUAUCAUAUUAUAACAAAAGAUGGUAUAACGAAAAUAUAUUCAGGAUUAACUGCAUCUUUAUUAAGACAAGCUACUUAUUCAACUACAAGAUUUGGAAUUUAUGAAUAUUUAAAAGAAUUAUAUAUAAACAAAACUCAUAAUCAAAAACCAACUACUGGAGUUUUAUUACCAAUGUCAAUGAUUGCUGGUGCAUUGGGUGGAUUAGUUGGUAAUCCAUCUGAUGUUGUUAAUAUAAGAAUGCAAAAUGAUUCAACAUUACCAAUAAAUCAAAGAAGAAAUUAUAAAAAUGCAUUUGAUGGAAUUUAUCAAAUAAUAAAAAAUGAAAAUAUUUCUUCAUUAUUUAGAGGAUUAUCACCAAAUUUAGUAAGGGGGAUAUUAAUGACUGCUUCACAAGUUGUUACUUAUGAUAUUGCAAAAACACAAUUAAUUGAUAAAUUUCAUAUGGAUCCUUCUAAAAAAAAUACUCAUUUUAGUGCUUCAUUAAUUGCUGGAUUAGUUGCAACUACUGUAUGUUCACCAGCAGAUGUUGUUAAAACAAGAAUUAUGAAUAGUAAAGGAAGUGGUCAAAAUGCAAUUUCAAUUUUAAUUAAUGCAGUAAAACAUGAAGGUAUUGGAUUUUUAUUUAGAGGUUGGUUACCAUCAUUUAUUAGAUUAGGACCUCAUACAAUUGUAACAUUUUUAGUAUUGGAACAAUUAAGAAAAUUUAAAUUGGGUAUGUAA